AUGUCUUCUGCCGGCCACGCAUCCUCCAACGCCCUCAUCGAUAAGUUCGAUGGGGACAACUAUUCGACCUGGAGUCGAUACAUGCGUGGCGUGUUCCUGACAAAGUCAGUGUGGCAUGCUGUCAACCGGGAGAGCUCCCCGACGUUCGUGGACCCUCGAGCGCAGGACGACUACGUCAAGGCCAACAACAUCGCAUUUGGAACGAUGUUGCUGCACAUGGGUGCGAAUUACCACCAUGUGGUCGACAACUGCGAGGAAGCGUGGGUAGCGUGGCAGAGCCUGAAGGUGCUGUACGGUGGAUCCCAGAAAGCGGGAAGGAUCUACCUCAAGCGUCAACUCUUCAGCAUGAAGAUGGACGAAGGCGCCAACGUCAUGCAUCACUCCAACGAGGUCCUGAACAUCGCUGCCAAGCUUAGCAGCAUUGGUGCGAAGAUGGAAGACGAAGACGUUGCAAUUUGUCUGCUACUCAGUCUUCCGAAGAGCUACGAAAAUGUGGUGCUCAACAUGGAAAUGAGCAGCACCGAGCUUCGCACUCAAGAUAUGGUGAGAGUCCUGACGAAUGAGCAUGCCAAGCGUCAAGUAGAAAAAGGGACAACGACAGCGACUACGGUGGAGGCUGAAGAUGCAAGCAAGGCAUUCAGCGCCGAGCGUGAGCCCUACCAAUGCACGUAUUGUGGCAAGGUGGGACACACGGUGGAUCGUUGCUGGACAAAGCAGAAGAACGAAGGUCGGGGAGCCCGACGCGGCGGCAAUGGUCGUGGACGCGGGGCUAACAAUGUCCAGUGGGGACAUCAUGAUGAAGACAAUGGAUACGAUCGAGUGGCGUUUGCAGUCUCGUUCGAAUGUGGAGUUUCGACGAGCAAGGAUGUGUCUGGAAUGUGGGCCGUCGGCAGUGGCGCAACGCACCACAUUUGCCACGACAAGACCAAGUUCGCAAGUUUGGCAGAGCGCAAUGAGGGCGAACUCUUGGUGGCUGACGGCAACAAGGUGGCCAUCAAGGAUGUUGGAACCAUCUUUGAAAAGGUGGUUCUGCCCGACGGUUAA